AUGUUUGGAGGCGGUGAUGAGGCCAUUUGUGAGCAGUUGGCAAGGAACGCUGAGGUUAUACGCCAACAAGGAUAUGAGGAUGUACCUCGUCAGCUUUUGUUGGAGCAGACGUAUCUGUGGUUACACAGCAAGGACGACAAUGGCAGUAAGGACGACAAUGGCAGCACGGACGAUGACGAUGACGACGACGACGACGACGACGACGACGACGACGAUAGUAACGGUUAA